AAAUACAACUACCCUCACAAGUCACAAUAUGAGUAGAAGUGUAGAAAAGGAACAAGAAAAAGAAUUGAAGGUAGAAGAACAUAAUAACAAUAUCAUUCAGUUGACACAAGAACAAUUCAUUAUGUUGCUAAACAGAGUACCGACAACAUCUGCUAUGUCGAAUAAAAAUUUUACGCGUUGCUCCUCGCUAUUUUAUGGAGAACGCGACGACCAUAUUAAGGUGGAACAAUUCAUCGACGCUAUUUGCAUAUUUAAAGACGUGGAGAAGAUGACCGAUGACGAAGCCUUAAUCGGAUUACCCAUGCUCCUUAAAGGUGAGGCAACGAAAUGGUGGCAAGGUGUUCGCUCGGAUAUCAAGACUUGGUCUGCGGCACUACAAGGGUUGAAGUCCGCCUUUGCUCCUAAACGACAACCUCAUGACAUCUACAUAGAACUCUUUGCGACUACCCAAGGUAAAAAUGAGACCAUUGAUGAGUUUUUGUGCCAAAAAAGGGCACUUCUUGGCCUACUACCACCAAAACGCCAUAAGGAGGAAGAAGAGUUAGAUUUUGUUUACGGUUUGUUACGGAGCGACCUGAAAAAAGUAAUUGCACGAACAGAUGUUAAAACUUUUCAACAGUUGUUAGAUAAAGCCCGUCACCAAGAGAGCCUGGCUAAAAACGACGAGAUACUACCCUCAUCAAGUAAUAUGCCGCCACCACCUCCACCUACAAGAGGGAAUAAACGUUGCGCAUAUUGCUCCAAGAAGGGACAUUUACUGGAAAACUGCCGCAAACGUCAAUCGGAUUUGACAGCAAGAGAGUUAAAACCGGUCAUAAACUGUUAUGGAUGUGGAGCACCGGGUGUUUUUCGUAGCAACUGCCCAACGUGCAAGUCCAAAGACUCUCCACCAAAACCUGUGUCUUUUUACAAAAUCGAAACGACUUUGGAAGAUCACAUUAAGAUACCUACAAUCGAAAUAAACGUCAAAGGUGAACCGGGUUACGCUUACAUAGACACAGCGGCUCGCACAAGUAUUGCUAGUCUGCAGCUGUAUGAGGUAUUAAAGAAAAAUGAAACCUACUUCUAUGAAAGAAGAGCUGACAUUAGCUUGGCGGAUGGUUCUAUUAAAAAUCAAAAACUGUUAUCGACUACGGUUCAAAUUACACUAGGAAAUAGAACUUUACCUAUUUCAUUCACAAUUAUGCCGGAAGCAAAUGAUAACCGUACACUACUUGGAAUUGAUUUCCUGGAAGCAGCAGGGAUCCAACUUAACCUACCACAACGAGUGUGGAACUUUAUAGAUAAACCAAAUGAUGUGUUUUACUUCUCACAAAUUCGGAACACCAAGAUACCAAUUGUGAAGGCAAUCAAGAAAAUAGAUUUUGCCAACCCGACAUCAGAAAACGAGGGACUCUCAAAAUUCCUUGACUGGGCAAGGGAUCUAAGGAUGCUGUCUCCACUGCCUGCUACUCCUUCACCACCUAAGGAAGAUGACAAAGACGCAUCCCCAACAAAGAAACCUCGUUGGCAACUAAAAGAGGUUCAUACACCUCUGUAUCCAACUCGUCCUCGCGAACCCGCGGAUGAUAAUUCUCGUGUCGAUCCACGAAUUGAUUAUUUACCAAUAAAUCCUAUUCAGUUGUAUUCUUUGAAUAUUCCCUUGCAACCUAAUGAGGGCCAUUCACUUUCUAAUUGCGAAAAAGAGCAAUUAAAUAACUUAUUAUUGAGCUAUGAGGAUAGAUUUUUACCCAACGGUCCCCCAACAACUUACAUGGAACAUAGAAUUGACACGGGGAAUAAAAGCCCAAUAGCAGUCAAACCAUAUAGACUGUCACCAACGAGGCAACAACAAUUGAGAAUUAAGUUAGAUGAAAUGAUAGAUAACAAUAUUAUAGAAGAGUGUGACUCACCAUGGUGUUCACCUGUUAUUUUGGUGCCCAAGGCAAACGGUGACGUCAGAGUAUGCAUUGAUUUCCGUAAACUCAACGAAAUAACGGUACCAGAUCGAUACCCGUUACCACGUAUAGAUGAUUUACUACAUCAAGCAAGAGCUAUGCCUUUUAUGUCUACAAUAGACCUUCAUUCCGGUUUUUGGCAGAUCCAGGUACACCCAGACGAUCAAAUAAAAACCGCGUUUAUUACACCCUUUGGCAUGUAUCAAUUCUUACGCAUGCCCUUCGGACUAAGAAAUGCACCUGCUACAUUUCAACGUUUAAUGGAUAAGUUCAUACAUGGAUUAAAAGCGCAGUGCGUUCUUUCAUAUUUGGAUGACUUGAUAAUACGGUCAAAUACUUUUGAACAACAUUUACAAGAUCUCAAAGAAGUAUUUGAGAAAUUAAAACUAUUUAAGCUACGAGCAAACAGAGAAAAAUGCAUAUUUGGGUGCUCUAAAAUAAAAUAUUUGGGUCAUAUAAUAGUUCCCGAAGGUAUUGAAACAGAUGAAGAAAAAAUCACAGCAAUAUUGAACAGACCUGAGCCUAAAAACUUGAAACAAUUAAUUUCAUUUCUCCAAACUGCUUCAUGGUAUCGACGAUUUAUUGAAAAUUUCGCUGACAUAGCACGACCUCUGACCAACCUUACAAAGAAACAAACAAAAAUGGCAAUGGGAAAACGAACAAAAAGAAGCAUACCAAACACUGAGAAAAACCUUAACAUCAGCUCCAAUUCUGAAACAAGCGGAUUUCAGUUUGCCUUUUAUUAUUAAAACAGAUGCAAGUAAUUAUGCGAUCGGUGCAGCUUUACUGCAGGGGGAGGGCGACCAAGAGCAUCCUAUUGAAUACGCAAGUCGCCUGUUAUCUCCAGCUGAAAGGAAUUAUACAGUAACUGAGAAAGAAGCACUAGCAAUCGUUUGGGCAAUAACAAAAUUUAGAGGUUAUAUCGAAGGUUCUAAAUUCCUAACAAUUACUGACCAUCAACCACUGAAAUGGUUACUCAACUUGAAAUCACCAACUGGAAGAUUAGCCAGAUGGGCUCUGCAACUCCAGCCUUACAAUUUAGAAAUUAAAUAUUGUCCAGGGAAAACAAAUGUUUUAGCAGAUACUCUUUCAAGACCUCCGUGUGAUGACAAUGAACAUAACGCAGAUACAUGUGACAUUUGCACAGUACAAAUCGACUUCCCAAAACAAAACGAACAUAACAUACGAAAUGAACAAUCUAAGGAUGAAGAAUUGCAAGUCAUAAUUAAAGCAUUGGAAGAUAAGAUAGAAUCAGAAAAUUAUAUACAAUGGUCUAAACGAGGAUACCUUCUGCACAAUAGAGUUUUGUAUAGAUUUACUCCAGAUCAAGAGGAUGACAAUGCGAAACUCGUAGUACCGAAACAAGAAAUACAUAAAUUAUUGGAAUCCUUUCACGAUGCCAAAACAGCUGGUCAUUUGGGGAUAGAAGGAACAGUAAAACGUAUAGAAAAUAACUUUUACUGGAAAGGUCUACGAAGAGAUGUUAUGAAAUAUAUAAAGUCAUGCAUAGAAUGUCAAAGAUAUAAGCCAUCAAACCAAAAACCAUCAGGGUUGUUCCAAUCGACUUCAAACAAUCAAAGAUUUGAAGUACUUUCAGUAGACUUAUUUGGUCCGCUUCCGAGAGGAUCGAAAGGUGAAAGAUGGAUACUUAUAGUAGAAGAUACUGCAUCACGUUGGGUAGAACUUUUUUGCAUUGACAGAAGCUACAGCACAACAGUGCGCCCUAACUUUACUAAACGAAGUGUUUUUACGUUACGGAUUACCUCGUAGAAUAUCAAGUGAUAAUGGUACACAAUUCGUAUCAGCAGUAAUGCAGCAACUGACAUACAGUCUAGAUAUACAGCAUUUUUUAAGUCCUAAUUAUCAUCCAGAGCCUAACGUCGUUGAACGCAAAAACAGAGACUUGAAAAGCCAAUUAGCUAUAGCUGUUCAAAACAAACACAGUAAUUGGCCAGAAGCAUUACCCGCAAUACGAUUCUCAAUGAAUUCAGCUUUUAGUAAAAGCACUGGAUUUUCAGCAGCAUAUCUAACUUUUGGAAGGGAGAUGAGAACGCCAUUUGAAAUAACACAUAAUUUCAGUGAAGUUGUUCAAUCUGAAAAUUUCAUUCCGGAAAUAACUCCACAUCUACGACGCCUGGCGAAAGACUUGAUUAUCGCUAAGGAAAAUGUGGAAUUUAUGCAAGAUAUUAAUAGAGCCAAAGCAAAUCAAAACCGCCGUCCAGAUCCAGGCUAUUCUAACGGAGACUUGGUACUAAUAGAAACACAUCCAGUCAGCCGUCAAGAACAACAAUUUACAGCCAAAUUUGCACCUCGUCGCGAUGGCCCUUACAUUAUAACAGGCAAAAUAGGAAGUACGAUAUACGAAGUUGCCAACAGGGAUGAUCCAAAGCAAGUUGUCGGAAGAUACCAUACGUCUGCAAUUACCAAAUUCAUGGAAAGAGGCCCUGUAACGGCGACACCUGUAUUACCGAUUAGACGACGAGGUCGCCCUAAAAGGAUUCCAGAUUUGGGUCCUGGUACUCAUUCGGGACGUUCAUGAGCACCAGAGGGGGAGACUGUAGCAUGACAUCUUCGCGGCAAGCGGUCAUGCAGCGACGAACAUACCCGACGACCAGCGAAUACCUACGAGCGGCGCGGCGACGCCUAUAAAUACCGCAGCGCGCGCACGCCUUCUCUCAGUUAGCUAGCGGCCUCCGUUGCGAUAGCAUAGCAGUCCUACGGAUCGGUCGAAGGUUGACAAGUGCGAUAGCUAUAGGCAGUCCACUUGAAAACCUAAGUUGAGGCCAGGUUCGCGAUAGCUAUAGGCAGUCCGUCCUGUAACCUCCAGCUAGGGAUGCUCAUUUUCAGGAACACUUGCAUGAUUUGUCAAUAUUACUGUCUGCAAUAUAAACACUAACUGUCAAUUGGCGUUUUAUGAAUCCACCUACCUUUA